AUUUCUGCGGUGAAUUCAGCUGAAAAACGAUUGCCCAGGGAUGUCCGCAACCGCAUUGGAGGCUGCAGAGCGAAGGUCAUAUUACAAGGCCCCAGGUAGCAAAUCAAGCAGAACAGACAAACACAAGGCUUCUUUCACCACGCGAUAUCUCUUUAUGCAGCAGUGUUCUCAAAGUUGCACAGUUGACAAAAGAGCAGCGCGAAAAGAAAUAGAUGUUUCUGUAAAUUUGAUGCCAAAAUGACCCGCAACUGGUACAUAUGGUUUGUCUUCUUCAUUGGCCUGGUCUUGUUCGUCCAAGAUGGUGAAGCCUUUUUCCUCAAUUCAGCUGACAUUACAAGAUUGGAAGCAAAAACGAAACUGCUGAUAAAAGAUUUGCCUCAUCCUGCAAGAAACGUAACCAUGUAUGGUUUGCUUGGCAUUAACCCUACUUUUCUACGUCCAGAUGAUCAUAAAGCGAUUCAGCGCUUGUUUAACGCGACAGCCGCUGAAAAAUCAUUAUUCAACGUUUUUACGAUUGGAGAUAUGAUUACUGCUCUGAAUAUAUCCUGGGCAGAUGCUCUCAACAAAUCCACGCUGCAAUUAUUCUCACAAUUUUGGAGUCAGAUUGAACCUGGAACUACUAAAGGAAAAUACCCGAUCAUAUAUGCAGCUCAUCUUAAGGGAAUCACCGUAGCGCAGUUAGCUGGUUUUCCAAUAGUGAACCUGGCAGUGGCCAUUACCGGACUUUCGGAACAAAUGAUACAAAAGAUUUACCAAAUACCGCUCAUGGAUUUCUACAGGGCAAAGAAUAUGUCCUUUGGUCAAUUACCAGCUUAUAUGAAUCACUUCUUCUACAACGGAACAAGUAAUAAAACAGAGCUCAAAAUGUAUUAUACGAUGUCUUUUCACUCGAUAGCAAAGGCCAUUCUGAUACAUAAGAAUGCAACUGAAGCCACAGAGGACUUUCUCAAUGAUUUCAAGUAUAUAGUGAACAACAUCAAGAUAUCCGACUUGUUAAAUAUCUUUUCCUUUGUUUUCCCAUCCGGUUACAUGACGCUUGAUACGUUUAGCAUAGAAACGCUAGCUGGCAAUUUGUCUGGCCUUGAUCGCCAGCAGACGAGGAUCGUGUUUAACACGACUUCAGAUUACUACCUCAAACAACUGACAAUUGAUUAUUUACGAUUAAUGAAUGUAUGGGGUAGUUGGUCUGGCCGUGGUGACAUAACACUUGGUCGUUUUUUUAAUGGCUCGGUGGUUUUAAUUGAGCAGUUUUUUAUAAAUUUUGAUAUGCCAGUCCUGUAUCUUGAGCACAUGAAAGGGGUUUUGAUAACCAGACGUGACUGGUAUAGACUUUAUCAGCUUGUUUCCAAUCUGUGUCGCUGUUUUGGGUACUACUGUCGAGGAGUUCUCCAAUUGAAUGUGGAUACAAACCAUAGGAAUUUCACUGAUGUUGUGGAAACUGACGUAUGGAAAAUACCAGCACUUUUCACUAAAUUAUUUGGAAUGAACUACACUUUGAGACAUUACGUAACCAUGACAACCAGGUCACUAUAUUACUCGGCGAUAUUUAAGAACAGAUCUGUUGCAGAAGAUGGUAUCGUUAAAGGGUUUGGCUACCUUGCAAGGCAUGCAAAUUUAUCGCUGAUUAUGACAAUGUAUGGCGUGACCAAUGAAACAAUCAUUUCAGGGACAUUGGCUGCCAUUGGUAGAAACAUAUCUGAAAUCACACUUGCACAAUUGAAACAGGCACUGGGUGUGACGUCAGAUGCCUAUGUAAAUGAAACUACGGUUGGCUCGAUGCUUGCUGCUAUUGGAAGGGAUUUCUCAAAUGCAACGCAUCUCACACUGCAUGGAAUCUUACAGCUGUUCUUACGAAAGCUUGCUCCUGACAUUGCAAGAUUCAAACAACCUGUCAUUUAUGUCUCAUUCAUAAAAGGCAUUUCAAUGCAUCAGAUCUCGAGCUACAGCAUCUAUGACCUAGCCCUGGCAACGACUGGUUUGUCCGAAGUUAUGAUGAGGAGAAUAUAUGGCAUAUCGUCUUCAGAAAUGCAAAGUGCAAAGGCAUUGAACUUCUCUCAUUUACCAACGUACAUAAAACAACAUUUUGGCGUUGAUUACAGUCAAAAGCAGGUUCAUAUCAUGUCGUUUCAAUUUUGUCUAGUGGAUGUGCUUCUUAAUGGAAAUAUUACAGUAGGAGCAAAUUACCUGACAGAGGGAGUCAAGUUCGUCAUAGGAGAAGUUACCUUCAAGGAAAUUAAAGGAAUGUACAAUCGUACCCAGAUGUCAGUUUCUUCGAUGUCUGUUUGGAGCUUAGUGUAUGACAUUUCAAAUUUGGACUACGCAUCGUUCAGAAACAUAACGAGUUUUGCACCUGAGUCUUAUGUGAACCAAACCACUAUUGGAGAGAUGUUUUCACUCAUGAGUUUGAAUCAAUCUCAAUCAGAUCUGCUUACUAUGAAAAGUCUCUUGAUGGGAUUUUCGAGACACGUGACCUUUGGGAGACACGGAUUGACACUUCCAGUUGCUUACAACGCAUUUAGAAAAGGCAUCUCGAUUACCAAUUUGUUGAAUUUCACUAUGCUUGAAACAACGUUGAAGAUGUCUGCAUUGUCUGAAAAAUAUAUUCCAAAGCUUCAAAAUAUCUCAAAUGCGGACCUAAAGCUGCCUUUUGGUCAUCUUCGAGCUUACGUCAAUCAAACAUUGGGUGUCAACAUUAAUUCAAAGCAUUUCCGCAUUAUGUCACUCAACUCGAUUUUUGACGCAGUUUUUAUUAACAAGAAUGCCUCAGAAGUAACACAGAAGAGGUUUUUGAACGACUUCAGGGUAAUUCUACGAAACGUGACCUUCGGAGAUCUCAAGAAGAUCUUUGGACUAACAAACUCGUCUCUCUUUCCGAUGACCGUUGCUGAACUUGGAUUUUUCAUUUCUGGAAUUGAUUUGCUGUCAUUGAAAAAAUUGAUGGGACAGAGUUUGCUGCUAAACGAAACAAAAAUUGGUGCAAUAGCAAAUACCAUAAGGUCCCAUGAAAAGCGUUUUGAUCAUUCAACAAUACACGAACUGCUUGCUAUUUCCGCAAGAGUAAAAGGUCUUCGAGUGUUAAAAAUGCCAGUUGUCUAUGCAUCACAUCUAAAAAAUAUAAGUAUCAAUCAGAUUGCUGGAUAUAAUAUAAUGAGCCUUGCAAUCUUAACUUCUGGUUUGCCAGAAAUGGAAAUAAUGGAACAUAAUCGCAUGCCAUCCACACCUUUUCAAAUUGCAAAAACAUUGUCAUAUGGACAACUACCAGCUUAUGUCAAGUUUAAAAUGGGAAUUGGCUUGGACAUAAAACACUUCUACACAUUGUCAUACAAUUCAAUUGCUGAGACAAUCAUUAUGGAUAGUAAGUCGACAGAAGAUCAAUUUUCGGAAGACCUUGGCUUCAUUGCGACAAAUGUGACAUUUGGAGAAAUCAAACAGAUCUUUGGCAUGACCAAUUCUUCUCUUCUUCCAAUGUCUUUUGCCAAUCUGGCAUUUUUCAUUUCUGGUGUUGAUGCAAAGUCAUUGCAAAAUAUAAUGGGACCAAGGCCAUGGAUAAAUCAAACAAAAAUAGGCGAAGCUGCAAAGUUUGUGCUGCCUAAAGAUUUUGACAAGCUGACAAUUGAUAGCCUAAUUGGUAAAUACGAACAAAGUUUGAAAGGCUUUGAAUUGUCAAAACUGCCAGUUAUGCACACUUCUAGUCUGAAAAACAUUACAAUGGCUCAGAUUUCUGGUUACCAAUUUCUUCACCUUGCUGGACAAGCAACAGGAUUGUCAGAGAUCGCGAUCAAAGAGCUCUAUCACAUGUCAGCUGCGGACUUUCAAAAUGCAAAAACAUUGUAUUUUGGACAAUUUCCAUCUUUUGUCAAACAAAACAUUGGUGCAAAUUUAAGCAUUAAACACUUCACUACAAUGUCGUUUAACACUAUCCUUGAAACGAUUCUGAUCCGUAAAAAUGUGACAGAGGCAAAUGAAAGGUUUAUGAAAGACUUUGGGUUCAUUAUAAAGAGCGUUAAACUGGGACAAAUCCAAAAGUUCUUUGGUUUGAAUACCUCUGCGUUAUUCUCAAUGACAAUUCCUGAACUUGCGUUUUUUAUUUCCAACAUUGACCCGAUGGCGCUCGGGAAGAUGAUGGCACCAAGCCUGUCGCUCAAUGCAACCAAAAUUGGUGAAAUUGCAAAACUGUUUGACCCCACAACGUUACCCAGCUUAUCAAUAUUCGAUUUAUUAAGUUUGUAUCCGAAGCAAUUAAAGGGGUUGGCAUUAGCAAAACUGCCUGUUAUAUAUGCUGCCCAUCUGAAAGGUAUCACCAUUUCUCAGGUUUCUGGAUGCAGCAUCAUGGGCCUAUCUGUAAAAAUAACAGGACUGUCUGAGAUCGUAAUCAAGGAGCUACACCGCAUGUCGAAUGCAGAUUUCCAAGCCUCGAAGAUAUUGCUGUUUGGACAACUUCCAGCGUACGUCAAGCUGCAUAUGGGAACACUUUUCAGCAUAAACCAUUUCUACACAAUGUCUCUUAACUCUAUUGCUGACGCGUUGCUUAUUCAUAAGAAUUUGACGGAAGGAACGAAACAGUUUUUGACAGACUUUAGAUUUGUAGCGCAACAUGUGAGAUUUGCAGAAAUCAAACGGAUAUAUGCAAUAAAUGAAAGUCUGUUGAUGAGCAAAUCUCUUUGGGGUCUCGGCUACACAAUUUCAGCCAUAGAUUUUAUGCAAUUUAAAACGGUAUUGAAUGUUAAAAACAAUGCUUUCAUUAAUCAAACAACGAUUAAAGAAAUCAUUGAUGAAUAUGGCUUGCCUCCGGCUGCUCUGAACUCGCUCACGAUUGUAAACCUUCUAGGGAUGUUUGCAGCUAAAGUUACACCAGGCAUUGAGAGAUCGAAACUUCCGAUCAUAUAUGCCGCAUUCCUCAAAGGCAUCUCGAUACACCAGCUCUCAGGCUACAAUAUCAUUCGCCUUGCUGUUGAUACUUCUGGACUGUCAGAAACUAUGAUUAAAAGGCUCCACUCUAUACCACCUAACGAUUUUAUAGCUGCCAAAAAUCUUGCUUUUGGCCAGUUGCCCUUAUAUGUAAAGCAACGCAUUGGAGCUGACUCAAUUUUGAAGCACUACUACACAAUGUCGUUUCACUCAAUCGCAGAAGCCUUUCUGGUUCAUAUCAACGUUAUUGAGGCGGCAAAAGAUUUUGUGCAGGACUUCCAUAUCAUAGCAUCUAAUUUGAGUUUUCCUAUCAUUUUCAAAAUGUACAACCUGAGAGAAGAUUACGCUGUGCAUAUGCGUUUCCCAGAGCUUUUGAAAUAUAUUGCCGAUGCCAACGUGACUCACGUUUUUAGAUUUGGACCGCCCGAUUAUCGAGUCCUUGGUGGCUUAACAAUUCGAGAUUGUCUCGUCUUUUUAAAAUCUCGCAACAAUUCCAUCGAUCUCAAAAGAGGCACUAUUACCCAGCUUGCAAUGGGUAUCGUUGCCAAUUGGAGACAUGUCCCUGGAUUAUUUGAUACUCUUGGGAAUUUAAGUAAAUCAAGCAUGAUGGAUAUGUCGAUGAAUGAUUUUAUAAGACUAGCUCAUGUGACUCCUCAAACAGUACAACAUCUUUUAAAAGCUGGUUUCAUAUCUUCAAGACAUUUCCAGAGUAUCAACAAUCUGCCUUUGAAGACGUUAGCUGAGAGGAGAAUCGUGCCUUUGCCUGUAAGAGGUGCAUCUUCGAUCAUGUUAAUCAAGCUGCUAUUGUCAGCAAGAGAUAUAAGAGGUUGGUCAACAAUACCCUUCAUUGCUGCUGGCUUCUACAACGGCUUUACUGUAUCACAAAUUGCCUCUUCAAAUGUGCUACAGAUAGCCGAAAGAGUUUUCGGAUUCGAUGCGCGCUCGAUAAUCUCUGCGGUUAGGUUGAACUCGUCUGCAGUUAUGAUGAUAGCAAAUAUAACAUAUCGUGGCCUAAGCCAUAUGGUUCAACGCCACAUUGGGAAGAUGGUGGAUUACCGGCAAUUAUACCACAUGUCCUUUUACGACCUACUCGAUGCUGUUCUUUUAAGAAAGGAUGCAUCUGCCACAACAAAGGCUAUCGAUUCUGCAAUACGCUUUAUUGCCUUACGAAUGUCGCUACACGAAACCAGAGUAAUGUAUGAGAUGAGCCAUGGGGAAUUGAUGAACACGACACUGAUUGAUUUGUCACGUAAGCACGUCAAUGUCAGCAGAAAAGAAAUCUCUACUGCCUUGAACUUAACGUUACAACAAGAGCUUCUCUUGGAGAGAGUGAGAGUCAUUGAUGCUCAUAUUCUGCUUGGUGCUGGUCGCAGUGUUAUGUCUUUGUCCAUGGAGCGAGUUGGGCAUCAGAUAAUCACUCUUGGUCCCGAAGCCGUACUCUUUUUCACUCCUAUUGAUGCACUCCUGAGAAUGAAAAGUCUACAACUCUCCGUCCUUAGCAACACAAAACUCCCGCAACUUGCGCGUCUGUUCUCAGUGCCCGUUCUUAAAAUAGAAGAUACUUUGCGUUCAAUGAACAUCACAAAAGAUACAAUAAAUUUCAUCUUUGCCCACCCAUUGGCUGAUUUUGCUUCAGUGUGGUCGCUUUCUUUGUCAGAUUUUGCAAAAUGGGACAUUUUCAGACUGUUUUGGCAUCUAAAGACACUGGUCACAAGAGUGCCAGAACCUUGCGCCAAGUUCACGCAGCCAUGUACAUCUAAUGCGAAUUGUUUGAAUCCAAAAGGCAGGAUUUUCUGUAGAUGCAAUGAAGGAUAUUCUGGCAAUGGAACUUACUGCUACGAUGGAUGCACCAGUGUUCGUUGUGGCACAGGGGCAGCUUGUGUAAAUGUACCUGGAAGUGGAGCUACUUGUAGCUGCAUCAAACCAGGUCAUGUUAUUAGAAACGGCAAAUGCAUUAAGCAGGAUGGUAGAAUAAUCAAAGUAUCAGGGUUGAAAUUCAAGCAGGUAUUCAAAGAUGCCUAUAAAAACUCUGACAGCAAGGAGUUUAAAAACAAGGCUGCAGAGAUCGAAAAUAUCCUAAAGGUAGUUGUUUGUCAGAAAAUAUUUGGAUGUAUUGGCAUUGAAGUAUUAUUGAUAAGAAAAGGUAGCAUUGUGAUGGACUUCAGUGUCACUAUCGAUAGUUCAUUCAAUAAUGUGACAAAGGAACAUGUGCUGAAUAUCUCGAGAGAAGCUCUCAAGGACGAGAAAAUGAUUGAUCUUGGAGCAGACCUUGGAAGCAAUUUGGGCGCAAGCAAAGGCGAUGUUUGCCAAAUGGGUUGGCACGACUGUGGCGCAAAUUCUAAAUGCGUUUCAGGAAGUGAUGGCUCAUCUUACGUUUGUGAAUGCUCAAAUGGAUACGAUAAAGACGGUAAUGACUGCAAGAAGAAAUCAAAAACCGGGCUCAUUGUUGGAGUGACUGUCGGUGUUGUGUUGUUUCUAUUCCUUCUUGUUGUCCUUCUUCUUGUCAAAAAGAAACACAAGAAGGCUCGGAUCAUUUCAAACGACAUACCAUUCUCGUUAUUCAAAGGCUCAAGGUCAGGUUCUGUUAUCACAAAUGAAAAUGCAGAGGAAAGGAAAGAUCAGUACAUGACAGAAAAAGCGUAGAGAUGGACAUUAAGCGAAUUUGUUUUAACAGUGUACAUUUUACAUAAUUUUUUAUCUUUGAUAUGAUGUUUUUAUAGAUAAAGUUCGUUACUUAGCUUUAUCUAUAUUCCACAAACUACACCGCUUAACUGUUAGUAAAGAUCGUUAACAACAGAAUUACACGUAGAGCUUAAAGCAAAGGGAGUACAUCACGCUGCUGUUGGUUGCCGACAUGUAACGGCCUUUUUAAAACCUCUAUGAAUUAACAAAUAAGUUGUAUUUCACGAUAUGCAUUCAAUUUACUCUCGUUAUUAUGCAUCUAUUUAUACAGUUAUGUUUAUAAUUCAUUGUACUAAUUCACAAUUCUACUUAUUUCCUAUAACAUUUAGUUCAUCACACGUCAUUGCUAAACAUAAUUCACAAACGCUGGCGGAUAUGGUCAUUAUUCAUGAAAAUCCUGCGGUUCA